ACCACAGAAACCGGGUUUUACCUUCGACGUGGACGUUGUGAUGGAUUUUGAACAAAACGACACAGAAACAACAGCACCAUGCGUUUCGGGACAAGUUUCAAACCGAGAUGACGGAAGGAAUGACAAGACUUACGCCUUAGCCGUGGUGCCUUAUGACGAAGACAAGCUCUCACCGUUUCACCUGGCGGAGAGGAAGUUCAGGUUUGCGGGAAGAGAGCUGGUGAUCAGACAGAGUUGGCGGGAACUCGGCGUGGCAGCUGUGGUGUGGGAUGCGGCUGUGGUGCUAGGUGAGUACCUGGAGACUGAGGUGACCCUGACAGACCAGACUGUGGUGGAGCUGGGGGCAGGGACAGGGCUCACAGGCAUGGUGGCAGCACUACAGGGAGCCAAGGUGACCAUCACAGAGAGAGAAAUGGCCCUGGCUUCGCUGAGACGUAACAUCAAAUCCAACAUUCCCCCAGGAACAACCCCUCACCCUGUUCUCAUCCAGGAACUCACAUGGGGGCAAAACUUACACCACUAUCCUUCCUCAUAUCAGUACGUCAUCGGGUCUGAUAUCAUCUACAUUAAGGAGACAUUCCAAGAUCUAUUGAAGACGUUGGUACACUUAAGUAACUGUGAGACUGUCGUGCUGCUAGGCUGUAAGAUCAGGUACGAGAGGGACACUGACUUCUUGAAGAUGUUGGAAGGAAAGUUUGAAGUUAAGGAAGUGAGGUACGAUCAGAGAAGGGAUAUAAGAGUGUACAAGGCAAGGUUAAGGUCAUGCACAAGUUUGUGAUGACUGUUCUUAGAAUUCUUUUGCUGGCAAUAAUGUCAUAGAAAGAUUAUUGAUAUAUUCAAAAUGAAACUGUUUGUGCCUUGAAACAUCAGCAAAGCUUUUUCUUAGAAUCUAAAGGUUAAGGGUUUGAAUCCCCAGCAUAAUUAACUUGAUAAUUAACUAUUUCCUUACUCCACUCAGGUGAAAAGGAGUAUACAUGUACAUGUACAUUUGUGCAUAUAGGGACUAGGGACAUGUCCUCUCAACUGGGAUGUAAAGAUGGAGUCCCAUGUUUAAGGACAGCCACACCUUGAGCAGGUUAACUUAAAGAACCCAUCACACUUACUGAAGAAAGCAGGGGUCCUUCCUGCCGUGUGUGGAUCAAACCCUGCAGUUUGGACUUGUACAGCUUUUACUUACUGUAUAAAACUGGUGUGUUUUGUACACCUGAAUACAGUUUACUGGUUAUGCAAAACAAUCAGGCAAACAAUGUUCCUUUUGUACAAAGUAUAUUUUGUAUAAAACCCCAAGUACAUGGUAUACAUUGUCUUUGUUGUUUCAUAUGCAAACAAAAAACAUAAUGUAUCAGGAAAGAAAGGAAACAAAACUCAUAUAUCUUCACAUUUGUGCGUCAAGUUGGACAUGCUUCUAUGUGUAUUUGAACAGUUGUUAGGAGUACAUUUUGGGGAUACUUUGGGAAGACCCUGUUUCUUGUCAUUGAUAUAUUUUGAAAAUAAAAGUCGGAGAUUCUGAAGGAUAAAAGAAGGCAUCAUUCUUGUGAUUUCAUACAUACAGUCUCGUCAAUG